GAGAUACGGGGUGUUGCCGCCUCUGAGACACACUCAAGCAUCACAGAGUAACAGCAGCAGGGUGAGGACGGAGCAUCCCUCCAUCCAUCUCUCUGGGAAAACAUCACUGCUUUUUCAAUUAUUGAAGCCGUACAAAACCCUUUGAAUUAUUAAACAUAAUCAAAGUCGAGGUCUUGUGGAGAUAUACUGCACCUCGUCACCAGGAGAGCGAGUUCUCCGGAGAGAAGACAGCAGACGUUUCAGCACCUUGGACAGCGAACAUGGCUCCAAUGGUGGAGGAAGGAGCUCAGCUCGUGGCAGUGCCUGUAGGUGUUGCUGUGGUGAGUGUCUUCGGCCUUGUCUUCACUGUGUCAGCCUUUGCAUGGAUCUGUUGCCAGCGUAAAAACGCCAAAUCCCAGAAGACCCCUCCCUAUAAGUUCGUUCACAUGCUCAAAGGGGUCGACAUCUAUCCGGAGAGCCUCAGCGGUAAGAAGAAGUUUGCUGCACCUGCCACCACGACAACUAAUGACACCAGUAAAACUGAUGUUAACGGAAACUGCCACACUGCGUCCCUAAUGAGUCCGACCGGAACCGGUAAACUGCCAUCAAGUCCAAACGGUUCUAGGCUGGAUCUGCAUCUGGAUCUGGAGAAACGGGAUCUGAAUGGAAACUUCCCCACCAAACCAUUUCAUCACCACCACCAGAAGGUGCGGAGCUCCCCGGAGCUGGAGCUGCCCUCUCCCCAUGCAGGGUUCACCCAACCUGGGGUGAUGGACCGCCGUGACAUCCCUUCACCAUCCAGCACCCUUUCCAGCCAGGCGCCCACCCCGGCUGUGGACAAGCCCCAGGGAGAGGAGAGGGAGGGCGGGCUAGGGACCCUCCACUUCUCCCUGGAAUACCAGCCAGAGAAGAAAGCAUUCAUCGUCCAUAUCAAGGAAGCCCAUGGCCUGACCCCGACUGAUGAGCAGUCGCUGACCUCUGACCCUUACAUCAAGCUGACCCUGCUGCCGGAGAAAAAGCACCGGGUGAAGACCAGAGUCCUGAGGAAGACUCUGGACCCCGCCUUUGACGAGACCUUCAGCUUCUACGGGAUCCCACUGGCCCGAGUGUCGGAGUUGGCCCUCCACUUCAUGGUGCUGAGCUUUGAUAGGUUCUCCCGGGAUGAGGUCAUCGGAGAGACCCUUGUACCCCUGUCUGGAAUCGACUUAUCAGAGGGGCGUGUCUUGAUGAGCCGGGAGAUCAUCAAGAAGAAUGUCAAAAAGUCCUCAGGCCGAGGCGAGCUGCUUCUCUCCCUGUGUUACCAGUCCACCACCAACACUCUGACCGUGGUCGUCCUCAAAGCUCGCCACCUGCCCAAGACUGAGAACAAUGGACCUACAGAUCCGUAUGUCAAGGUGAACAUGUACCACGGGAAGAAGCGUGUUUCUAAGAAGAAGACCCACGUGAAGAAGUGUUCCCCCAACCCGGUCUUCAACGAGCUCAUUGUCUUUGAUCUGACCUCCGACGAGGGCCUGAGAGACACCAGCGUGGAGCUGCUACUGAUGGACUCAGACACAGGCAACUCCCGCUGUCCCAACACCGUCCUCGGACGUGUGGUGCUGGGCACGUCGGUGGCGGGCACGCCCGGUGAGCACUGGAGGGAGAUCUGCGAUCACCCGCGCCGCCAGAUCGCCAAAUGGCAUGGUUUGUCAGAGGAUUAGAACGCCGGGGUGUUGGUGCAAUCUGUCGUCCAUGUACCUGAUCUGGUCCGACCAUGAGAGGGAUGGAAUGAGGAUGGGCAGGAUUAAACGUCCUGCUAGCCAGUACCCAUUGGACUUUAAGUGAGGGCGAGUGGAAAACAAGGGGGGGCUUUGAUGUUGUUUGUGGGGGGGGGGUUGAAGUGAUGUCAUCAUUCAAUCAAUCAUUCAAUCACUUAUCUUUGAAGUUAUCGGGGUUCAGCGGGGAGGGCGGGGCAUGACAAAGGGAACCCCGUAGCUUUAAAUGAUCCCAAAGACUGUCACCGAAAAUCACCUGGUAACAUGCAACAUCAUCUCCAUGGCAACAACCAAUUGUCACGGUAACCGUGUGCAGUGCAGAAUGUCUUAAAUGUCGCUUUUACUCUUCUUCUUUUCUUCCUCUGCUCCUCCUCCUCCUCCUUCUUCUCUUUCUUCGGGCAUUCCUCCUAUAAAUAGUAACCUAGUCCAUCGUAUGAAAACCAGAAUGAACCACAUCUGACGACGCUGUAAAAAAUGUGGAUUAUUAAAGUUUAUUUUAUAACGACAAUGUUUUCUUCAUAAAGAUGUAGAUUGUUUUUAUUUAUGUUCUUGUUUUGUACUCUUAUGGUUGAUUUGUUGAACAUGUUUUGUAAGUAUAAGUGGUAUUUCAUAUAUGAUUACUUAUUGAGUAAAAGAAAGCCUAAAUUAGGUGGUUUGAGAAAAGACUGGAACAGACAGAGUGCACUGGGGACAGUUAGCUGUGUGUGUGUGUGUGUGUGUGUGUGUGUGUGUGUGUGUGUGUGUGUGUGUGUGUGUGUGUGUGUGUGUGCGCGCGCGCGUGCGUGCAUGUGCGUGUGUGACAUAAUGUUUACUGUAGGUGUUUUGUCCCCCUUACUGUGAGCACAAAGACAGCUGAAAUGUAAAUGUAUGUACCUUACUAUAAAAUAUGGCAAGUUCUGAGAAAA